AUGUGGGCCAGCAGGAUCACCGACUGGGCAAUCCAGUCGGGAGUCGCUUCAACGUCGCAGAAGGGCUUCAUGCCGGUGAAUGGGUGCCAUGAGCACCUGUUUCUUGCUCAAAGCAUCCUCAACUCAACACGCAGGGGCAAGAAGUCACUGUACAUGACCUACUACGACCUGAAAAAUGCGUUUGGGUCCAUUCCUCACAAGCUUAUACACACUGUCUUGCAGGCUCAGCGGCUUCCGAAGCACCUUCAGGAGAUCAUCAGCGAUCUCUAUGAGGGAGCCAGCUUCAGCAUCUUGACGAAGGAGGGCUGCUCAGGAAUAAUAGAGAAUAGGAGGGGAGUCAAGCAAGGCUGUCCUCUCAGCCCUAUCCUUUUCAACCUUGCCGUUGAGCCGCUGUUGCAACGGCUGGCAGCAUGCAAUGCAGGCCUAGAACUACGUACGACAGACGGGAAGCCAGCAGUCAAAAUCUCCCAUAUGGCGUACGCAGACGACUUGAAGACCGUUGCCAACAGCCGUGAGGGGAUCAGCAACCUUCAUCAGGUGGUGAAGGCAUUCCUCCACUGGACAGGUUUAGAGGCCAACCCGUCCAAAUGCGCUACAAUGGGAUGGAAGGUGGGCAUGACCCGGCAGCAACCAGAUCCAGUACAACUCCGGCUGCACAAUGAGGUCUUGCCGGUGGUCGGCAUUACUCCCCUGGCAGAAAUUAGAUGCUGUGCGUACCUUUGUGAUGUCUCGGCUUGA